CGUCGCCGCCUCGCGACAGGUUUAGUUCAUUCAAAAGAACCAACAUUAUUCUGCAGCACUUGAGAAUGAGGCAGCACUCUGAAGCAGCCGGAGAAGUCCUGUUGGAAAGAAAAGGCUGUGCGGGAAUAAUAACACUGAACAGACCCAAGUUUCUCAAUACGCUGACUCUUCAUAUGAUUCGGCAGAUUUAUCCACAGAUAAAGAAGUGGGAGCGAGACCCUACAACUCGCCUGAUCAUUAUAAAGGGAACUGGAGGAAAGGCUUUCUGUGCUGGGGGCGAUGUCAGAGUAAUCUCAGAAGCUGCAAAGGCAAAACAGGAGCUGCCUCAGUAUUUUUUCAGAGAAGAGUAUAUGCUGAACAAUGCCAUUGCUUCUUGCCAGAAACCAUACAUUGCACUUAUUGAUGGAAUUACAAUGGGUGGGGGAGUUGGUGUCUCAGUUCACGGACAGUUCCGAGUGGCUACUGAAAAGUCUCUUUUUGCAAUGCCAGAAACAGGAAUAGGACUAUUCCCCGAUGUGGGUGGAGGCUAUUUCUUGCCGAGACUUCAAGGAAAACUGGGCUACUUCCUUGGACUGACAGGAUUCAGACUAAAAGGAAGAGAUGUAUAUGGAGCAGGAAUUGCCACACACUUCGUAGAUUCUGAAAAGUUGGGCAUGUUAGAGGAAGAUUUGUUAGGCUUGAAAUCUCCUUCCAAAGAACACAUCACAGAAGUCCUAAGAACCUACCACACAGAGUCCAAGAUUGAUCGAGACAAACCUUUUAUACUUGCAGAACAUAUGGACAAAAUAAACAGGUGUUUUUCAGCCAAAACUGUGGAAGAGAUUAUUGAAAACUUACAGCAAGAUGGCUCACCUUUUGCUUUGGAACAGUUGGAGGUGAUUAAAAAAAUGUCUCCAACAUCCUUAAAGAUCACACUAAGGCAGCUCACAGAGGGAGCCUCGAAGACCUUGCAGGAAGUACUCACCAUGGAAUACCGGCUAAGUCAGAGGUUCAUGAGUUAUCAUGACUUCCAUGAAGGCAUUCGAGCUGUUUUAAUUGAUAAAGACCAGAGUCCAGUGUGGAAACCAGCUGCCCUAAAAGAAGUGACUGAUGAAGAGUUGGAUAAUUAUUUUAAACCACUGGGAAGCAAUGAUUUGAUUCUUUGAACUGACUGUUCUUUCAAAAUACUGCAGUUUGGAGCAAGGGUUGGCAAAAGUAUAGCACAUGGGCCAAACCUGGCCUGCUGUCUGUUUUUAUCUAGCCUGCAAACUAGAAAUGGUUUUCUAUUUUUAAGUGGUUGGGAAAGAAAUCAAGACUAAUACAUCAUGAUGUGUGAAAAUUGUAAUAGCUCAAAUAUCACUGUCCAUAAAUUACUUUAUGGGAACAUAGGUGCACCAUCUGCUUAUGUGUUGUCUGGCUGGAGUGAGUAUUGGCAACAGGACGUGGGUGACCUGCAAAGCCUGAAGUCUUGACUGUCCCAUCCCUGUCAGAAAAACGGGGAAACCCUGAUGUUUCUGGACAUUCUUAAGUAGUUCUAUCUAAUUGAAAUAGGAAUUUUGUUUAACCAACAUAUAAACCACUACUGAAAGCUAAAUACAGACUCAGGUACAGAUCAUAAAAAAGAUCUUGGAUUUGGGGGGAGGAUGCUGUGUAAAUGCUUCAUAGACUUUGCUUUAUUUGGAUAUAUUUUGAAGUAACUUUUGAGUUCUUUUAUAAUCCUGAGAAAUCAUGGGCAAAGACGGAUGCAUCUAUGAGAACAUCUCUACAACACAUAUCAGGCUUGGCCCUCCCUGAGGAGAUCAGUGUGCCCUUGUGGUGAGAAAACAUCAUUUCUUGCAACUUGGGAUUAUCAGCUAGUGGGGAUUGAAGAACUCCAGUCUCUAAGACACACUCUGCUUUUUGUAAUUUAAAAAAGUUAACAGUUUAAAAUGCCUUCAAUAAUUGGUACUGCUGACAAGUGUUCUUUAAGGUACGAAAGAAGCUGCAUGUUGUCCCUGGCUAAGGAUCUUAAAGUUCUGGGUAAGAAUAAUUUCUAUGUACUGUUUAUCUGUAACUUCUUACAGUAGCUCCACCCACCCCUCAGAAACGGAGACCUCUUCCAUAUA